CGUGUCUCCAUCUCUGCUAAUCUGUGCAACUAAUCAUCAUCGUCUCCAGUCUCCCUAGUCCCUGCUGCCGCUGCCGCUUGUCGCUGACGCCGUCGCGUAUCCUCCGCAUCUAAGCUGCCGGCGGCGACCAAACCCGCCCCGCCUCUCCUCCGUCCGCCCCCGCACCAGCUGGUUCCCUCCCGUGAACUCGCACGCUCACAGGUUUCAUAUUUUCUAGGUUUUAUAAUUGUUUGCAAAAGGGCUAUAGUACUUGAUGAGAUGAAGUCAACAGUGUUUUCAACAGCUGUUGUUUCUAUUGGGUAUGCAUUGCUUGGAUGGGAUUUUGCAGCAUUAUCAGAAGCUAAUCAUCAUAUGGAAAAAGAAUUUGAAUUGUUGAAUGGACCUUCUAUUGAAGGUAUAACAUUAGCAGCCUCAACAUUUGGGGCUAUUGUGAUAACAAUAUUCUCUGGCGCGCUAUUAGAUUGGCUCGGAAGACGUGUCAUACUGGUUUACUCGUCUCUGGUAUUAUUUUCGGGUGGCGUCUUGAUGCUGUGGUCUCCUAACAUCUACAUUGUACUUCUAGCUAGGUUAAUUGUUGGAUCAGGAAGUGGGUUGGUUUUCACCUGUGUCCCUAUUUAUAUAUCCGAAACAUCUCCUUCAAAUAUGAGGGGCUUACUUGGAACUAUGCCACAGUUUAUGUUCUUCAUAGGAACUAUCUUUUCAUAUUGCCUGAUAUUCUGGUUAACAUUAAUGUCUUCACCUAGCUGGAGAAUCAUGAUUGGUGCAAUCUUUGCUCCUUCCAUCGUGUACUUUGCUUUGUUGGUUUACUACUUGCCAGAGUCACCUAGGUGGCUUGCAAGUGAUGGAAAGAUUAGUGAGGCCAGAGUUUCUCUGCAGUGGCUUAGAGGAAAGAAACAUGAUGUUUCAGGAGAGAUAGCUGCUAUUGUGGAAGGUGUGGACAUCAUAUCGGACUCCACUGUUGGCGCUGCUCGUGCUCAGAGUUUCUCUGGAACCAGUGCUAGCCACACUUGGCCCCGUAGUACUUUUUAUUGGCAGCUUUCAGACCCACUAGUUGAUCUUCUCGGAAGCGUUCAUGAGAAUAUGUCAGAAGGAGGAAGUAGACGGAAUAGUUUCUUCCCAGUCUUCAACAGUUUUUCUUUUCCAGAGCAUGAACAUAUGAAUGAACACAGGGAUGGUAACAGUGAUCAACAGACUAGGGAGACUUAUUAUGCUGGAGAAGCUAAUAAUGGAGAUGGUUUAAGGGCUUCUCUGCUUUCUCAGGCAGCAAGUGUUGAAGUAAAUGAUACAAAUACCUCUUUUACUUCUGAAGGGAGCUCUUCAUAUUUAAGAAGGCAUGGAACAUCAGUGCUUGCACAAGAGUUUAUGGCGUCUAUACAUGAUUAUGACAUUGAAGAAGAAGAAGAAGAAAUCCAUGGGUUUGCAUUGCCUCACCAGUCUGCACCUCGUGAUAUGGAAAGCACCGGGAGACAUCCAUUCAGACAUCAAAUAGUCCGGUUAUCUGAAACAGCUGAUAUGAAGUUUAAAUGGCGGGUGCUUCUUCAACCAGGAAUCAGGCAUGCCUUAUGUUAUGGCAUGUUAAUUCAAGCCCUUCAGCAAUCUACAGGAAUCAGUGGUCUUCUCCGCUGCGCUCCUGAAAUAUUUGAGCAGUCUGGAGUGGCUAGUUUGUUUUCAGACAUUGGACUUUCUCCUCAUUCAACAUCAAUUCUCAUGAGUACCCUUAAUGCUUUGCUGAUACUCCCUUGUAUAACUGCCGCAAUGCUGCUGAUGGAUGUCUGCGGGAGAAGGGUUAUUGUGCUGGCCACUACUCCUGUCCUGAUACUAUCAUUGAGUGUUAUGUCUAUGUCCACCCUGGUGAAUAUGGGACCGUUCGAAAGUGCCGUCCUCUUCCACUUCGCAUUAACCAUUUGCUUCUGGUCCUAUGUCAUUGGUUUGGGACCGAUACCAAACAUUCUCUGCUCCGAGAUAUUCCCAACCAAGGCCCGUGCGACAUGUGCAAGUUUCUGUUCGCUUUCCUUCUGGUUUGGGGGCCUGCUUUCAGCGUACUGCUUCCCGGUGAUGUUGAGCACCAUCGGGCUUGGCGGAGCGUGUGGGAUCUAUGCACUUGUGUGCUGCGCUCCGCUUUUUCUCGUCUACUAUCGAAUACCAGAGACGAAGAUGCUUAACCUGGAGCUCAUUGCGGAGCUGUUCAAGCUUUCAAGGCAGGAGCAUGUACAGUAGAUUGUCCAGGAACCGAGGUAGCCCAGGCUGAGUGCCGAUGGAUGGUGAUGUGUGUACAUAUGACAAAUGUAACUUUGGAUGCUGAAUUUGUUUUUGCUAGUUAGGAGGAUUGGUGAUAGUGUACGAAGUGGUUUACUCUUUUGCUGUCCACAGGUUGCUGGCAGUGUUUGUAGUGUUUUGUCUUAGGGGGAAUUCCUGUACUCCACUGUAAUUGUAAUGUACCCUAUAACUUAUUUGUCAUCGCAAAUAUCCUAAUGCAAUUUCUUAUCCUUCCAUACCA